CCAAGAAAACCCAUCUUGCACAUUCAAACGGGAUGUAGAUUUUCAUUAACCCCUUCUGCAAGAAGUCAAAGGGGACGAUAAAAUCCUAAAUCCAAGAUCUACAAAAACAUAGAAGCUUCCAUGGAAUUAAAUAAUUUAUGCUUGCAAGACUUGCAAUUUGUUUGACUAAUCGCCUCUUUGAUCAAUUCUUCCAAAGAAUUAUUUAAAUAUUUCUUAUGCGUCUCUCAAUGUUUUCUUGAUUCGAUCUUAUAUGACAGUCCGUCUAAUCACAAUCCUCAGACAAUCAAACCAAAUCCUCGACCAAAAACAAGAAAAGUACAACCUUUUAUUGAUCAACCCCUUCUUCAAAUGUGCAGUCCGUUCACUUGUGGAGGCUUCAACAUUCAAGAAGAUGAUGAACUCUUGAGGUCAUGUGACUAUUCUCCUCCGAAAAUAUCAAAAAGAAGCACCGGUUUUGGCAGCAGAAGAAAAGACAAGAACCCUUAUGCCAAUAGGGGUUUAGAGAAAUUCUAUGCACUUUUAGCAGAUCUUGAUGAGAAGAGACAGAAAAUAUAUACACAGAUGGGCUUCGAAGAUGUCUCUCUCGUUCGUUUUGUUUACUCAAAUUCCAAUCGCGUCAAGCCGAUCGUCGUGAAAGUGAAAGAGAAAAGAUCACAAGACCACAAAGCAAAUGCUCGCGUAAUUACUAAAAACGACUCUGUAGUGUCCGAGAAGUCUCCAGUCGAGACGUCCAAAGGUUUGGCCGUCACAAAUGAAGCUCAACAAGCGAAGGACGAAAAAUCCGACCUUAGGAAUAUGAAGUGUUGCUCGAUAUGUGGAAGGUUUAAGUUGGAAAAGUUUAGGCAACCAUAUUACUAUUUUCUGGUGGUUAUAAUGUUUAUUCUUAUGUUAUUGGCUAUUUUCGGACGAUCUUUUGCCAUUAUGUGUACAUCUAUUGGGUGGUAUUUAAUACCUACAAUCAACGGAGGGAGCUCAGAUUCAAGCAAGCCAAAGAAGAAAAAGGAAUAUGUCAAAAAAGUGAGUGAGAAAAAGAUUGUUACAAGUGAAGGAUUGUCUUCCCCGAGAAGUGUCCUAAACGGACCAAAAGACAAGUCCCCUCGACAGCAUGGCUAAGAAACUAUGGUGAAGAUUGAUUCUUCAAAUGUUUAAUUUCUUGUGAAUUCUUUUUCUCAUCUUUUUCAGUUUUUUUUCCCUCAAAUUUCGCUUUAUCAUUUUUCGUGUCAGAGAAUUUGUUUUUGUUUCUGUCUUUCAGGAUUGUAAAUAUUAUUUUGGUUGGGGUCUGAAUCGAAAAAUAAUCCACCCUGGCAUGUCGUUUAUUGUAUUAUUGUCUUCAACUUCGAGUUUUGUUGGGUGGCUUGACAUUAUUCAGCCUUAA